AUGCAGGGGCCCCAUGAAGGCAGUGCUGCUGAAGGGUCGCCUAGGGGCCCUGGCAGUGCUGCUGCUUCCUGUGGGGCUGCAGAGCUGACUUCUGCAGCUUCUGCUGCUGCUGCAUCUGCUGCUGAAUCUGCUGCUGCUCCUGCUGCAGCAUCACCUGCAGCUCAUCCAUCCGCUUCCUCUUCCCCUUCUCCCACAGCAGCAACAGCCGCAGCUGUAGUGCCAGAUGCAGUGCCCCCUGUGAAUGGUACAGAGGGCCCCCAGGGCCCCCCUGGGGACAACGGCCCCCCCCAGGAAGGUACAGGGGCUCCAACGGAGGGUAUGGGAGGCCCCCAAGAGGGUGCAGGGGCCCCCCGUUUCUCUAGUUUGUGGGCAGCAUGGAAGACGACGGCUUGCUGUCUUCAUUCUUUUAGUAAAGUUGCUGCUUAUCCAUCAGCAAAAGAAAUAGUUAAUUUAUUUAGUGACUUACCCCAAGAAAAACAGCAACUGCUGCAGCAGCAGCAGCAGCUGGUGCUGCAGCAGCAGCAGCAGCAGAAGCACCAGCAAGGGAAGGAGGGGGAGGAGCAGCAGCAGCAAAGCAUUGUUCUACCACCACAUUUUGCUGCUGCAGAAACCACCGCUUUCCCCCCCGCUAAAGCUGUCAUAUCCUAUAGGGCAUUCAAAAAGGCAGGAUUAAUAGGAGGGGGCCCUUUUUCUAGUUUUUUUUCUCCGGCGGUUUUUUGUGAAUUUCUUCGUGAUGCACACGGAGAUGUUUCUACACAAACUGCAGCAAGAACUCUUCUUAACUCCAUCUUUAAUGUCCAUUUAAAGGAGAAGGUGCAACCAUACCUCAACGAGAAAGAAGAAUUCACUAUUGACAAUUUAUCACGAAUGUUUAUAGAUUGGGCAUCUGAUUCAUCAUUUCCUUCUCUUUUUGCUAUUUUAUUAGAAGAUAGAUCUGCACAUCCAGGCAGUUCGUCUCUUUUUUGUCUUAGAUACCCUCAAGACCAGCAGCAGCAGCAGCAACAGCAGCAGCAACAGCAGCAGCAGCAACAGCAGCAGCAGCAACAGCAACAACAGCAACAGCAGCAGCAGCAAAAGGGAGAGAAGGAGGUCUUGUGCCUGUGCAUUAAAGCUUCUUUAAAUUUUUUAUUUGAUUGUUUGGAUGUACAAAGAAAGGGUUUCUUUGAUGCAGCAGACAUUAAGGACUUCUGGGAGGCCCAAUCUCCUUGUUUAGCCUCUCGAGGGUUUCCCUCAUGGAUGCUAUGCGAGGGUUCGGUGAUGAUGGAGGUUUUAGAUCGUCUACAAACUAAAAAUUCUAUUAUUUAUAAAAAACAAUGUGUUAAUGAUCUGGCCCCGUUGCUUCCUGGAGAUCCUGUGACGGUUACAGCAGAGACAAAUUUUGAUAUUCCUUAA